CAUCAUUCGCGAUGGUGCGAAUCAUCUUCCUUCUUUUCAGUGCCAUUCUCUUCUCUUUCUCCACUGCAGACGACACAUUAACUCCAGGCCGGCCUCUCACCGACGACAGCGAAGCUAGCUUGAUCUCCGUUGGCGGCAAGUUCCAGCUGGGCUUCUUCAGCCCUGUCGGAUCGAGCAAUCGCUACGUCGGCAUAUGGUUCUGUAACGUCUCCGUCGACUCCGUCGUGUGGAUCGCCAACCGCCGGCGUCCCAUCGCCAGCAAAUCCGGCAUCCUUUCUCUCACAGCAAACGGAACGCUUCUCAUCGCCGACGGCAACGGCAACGGCACCACCGUCUACUGGAGCUCCUCCACUGAGGUCUCCGUUGCUAACCCGGUUGCGCAGCUUCUGGACGACGCAAACUUGGUGGUCAGAGAGGCCGGCGGCGACCAGAACACUUACCCGGCGUGGCAGAGCCACGACUUCCCGACCAACAUCCACCUCCCGGGCAUGAAGCUGGGGUGGAACCUCACGAGCGGGUUCAACCGCCAGCUCACGGCCUGGACAAGCGCCACCGAUCCGGCGCCGGGGAUCUACACCUUAGGCAUCGAGAAACAGGGCAACGCGCAGGAGUUCGUGUGGCAGGGGACGCAGCCGCGGUGGCGGUCGGGGCCAUGGAACGGCCUCUACUUCAGCGGCGUCCCGACGAUCGAAUUGGACAGCCUGCUGCGCCAGGAGUUUGUGGUGGACGAACAGGAAGUCGCCGCGUGGUUCACCGUCGGAAAUCCGUCCGUGAUCUUGAGGUCGGUGCUGAUGCCUGAUGGGCUGCUGCGAAGCGAGUCGUGGAUCGAGGAGACGCAGACAUGGAAUGUGCGGGCGUACGUUCCCAUGGACCGCUGCGACAGCUUCUACGCCUGCGGCCCCAACGCGGUCUGCUACCCCAACGCGUGGCCGCUGUGUCAGUGCCUGCCGGGGUUUCGGCCCCGGAAUCCGCAGAACUGGGACGUGAUCGGAAAUCCCUCCGACGGCUGCGUGCGGACAACGGCGCUGGAUUGCCAGAACGGCACCGACAGGUUCUUUCAGCAGAGCAGCGUGAAAUUGCCUGACACGACAGCCUCAGCAGUGAACCGGAGCAUGAGCCUCGAAGAUUGCCGGAGCUGGUGCUUGAGGAAUUGUUCCUGCACGGCGUACGCGAGUGCCAAUCUCAGUACUGGGAGCGAAAGUGGCUGCAUGAUUUGGACGUCCGGACUCGCCGAUAUCAAGUUCUUAUAUGGCAGUUCGUCACCGCAGCCUCUCUAUGUCAGACUCGCCGCCGCCGAUCUUGUUACAGCCACGGAGCCGAUGGAGUCUGGCCAACGUCGUAUGCUCACGAUCAUCAUCUCCGUCUCCUGUGUAGCAGUUCUUUUCUUUGUUUGCGUCGCUUGCUGUGUUUGGGCAGCAAAGAAGAAGAAGAAAAAUCGUGCUGAUGAAGAGGUAGAAGAGGAAAACUUGAACCUGCCGUUAUUUGAUUUAGGCACAAUUGCAGAGGCCACUGGAAACUUUUGCAUGGACAACAAGCUUGGAGAGGGUGGAUUCGGUCCUGUUUAUAAGGGAAAGUUGAAGGAGGGUCAAGAAAUAGCUGUGAAGAGGUUAUCGAAGACGUCAAUGCAGGGAACGGAUGAGUUCAAGAAUGAGGUGAUGGUGAUCGCCAAGCUUCAACACCGGAACCUUGUUCGCCUUCUUGGCUGUUGCGUUCAAGGAGGAGAAAGAAUGUUGAUCUACGAGUACAUGCUCAAUGGAAGCUUGGACACCUUCUUAUUUGGUUGGUUAGCUAAAUCUCUCAUGAUUCAUAAGACUCAUGUUAGGUUAAUAUGCAAGAUCUUUGAUUUUCUCUUGGCUUGUUAUCGACCAGAUAGGGACAAAUGUCGAUUGUUGGAUUGGAGAAUGCGAUAUAAUAUUAUACUUGGUAUUGCCCGAGGUCUCCUUUAUCUUCACCAUGAUUCUAGAUACCGAAUCAUACACAGGGAUUUGAAAACUAGCAACAUACUUCUUGACAAGGAUAUGAAUCCUAAAAUAUCUGACUUUGGCAUGGCAAAAUUAUUUGGAGGAGAUGAAACAACAGGAAAUACCAAGAGAGUUGUAGGAACAUAGGAAGUCUUUCAAAUUACUCUUUCAUUGUCAUGAGAAGUGAAAAUUUUAAAGUGAUUUUAUAAUUCAUUAAUAUUUUGAUGCAGUGAAUAUAUGUCUCCAGAAUAUGCUAUGAAUGGAAUAUUUUCGGUGAAAUCUGAUGUAUUUAGUUUCGGAGUAUUACUGCUUGAGAUUGUAACCGGCAAAAAGAAUAACAGAG